UUCUGUCCCCAGAAUCGGCAUGAGAUGCUGACUCUGGAGGCCCUGCACACACUGUUGCACAUGAAGUGGAAGAAAUUUGCCAAGUACAUGUUCUUCCUGUCCUUCUGUUUUUAUUUCUUCUACAACAACACCCCAACUCUCGUCUCUUACUACUGUCCUCAGGAGGAGGAGGCCCUCCCACACCCCUUGGCCCUGACGCACAAGAUGGGGUGGCUGCAGCUGUUGGGGAGGAUGUUCGUGCUGAUCUGGGCCACAUGCAUCUCUGUGAAAGAGGGUAUCGCCAUCUUCCUGCUGAGACCCUCGGAUCUGCAGUCCAUCCUGUCAGAUGCUUGGUUUCACUUUGUCUUGUAAGUAGGUCUUUCCUCUUGGUCACACCUCAAAGGCAGGGCCCAAGUCCUCUGUUGUGGCUGCCAUG